AUGGAAGCUGCUGCUUGCUGCUUGCCUCCCCAUGGGCUCCGGGUGCCUGUGGCCAGUGCUCACGCAGCCCCGCGGCCGGGGCCGGGGGGAAGACCCCUCUGGAGACCGUGGCUGCCCCGAGCAGAGGAGGGAACCGGUCAGCGGAGGGAGCAGAUGGACACGGUCUAUGGAGAGAAGGGUCCUGCCCUCGCUGCCACACGGGGUCCCCACGCACCCCGCAGCAGGAACCCCAGGGCUGGUCCCACCAUAACCGUGUCUCCUCAGGCUUGGCCUCGGGAGGCAGCGGAAGACGGCGGCCCCGACAAAGCCCUGGCGUUUUUCCACCACCCGGUCAGGCUGCUGUGGCCCAAGUCCAAGUCCUUUGACUAUCUGUAUGCCGUGGGGGAGAAGCUGCUGCAGAACUUCCCAGUGCAGGCCACCCUCUGCCUCUACGAAGACUCGGGCAGCGAGGAGGAUGAAGAAGAGGGGGAUGAAGAGGAGGGGGAUGAAGAAGAGGAGGAUGAAGAAGAGAAGGAGGAAGAGGCAGGGGCCAUGCCUGAAGGCCCCCAGCCGCACGCAGGCAGUGCUGCCAGGCCGGCGUGA